GUGGAGGAGCAGUCCUUCGGUCCCGGGCGCGCAUCCACUGAGGGUCGCCAGCUGGUGCGCAUCUUUGCGGGACACAGGCGGGGGCGCAGGGCGAGAGGUCCUGAGCGCUCCUCCACGGCAGGCCGCCAGCCGCUGCGCCUCUGCGCUGGAGGGAAAAGGUGCACGGAAAUGA